CAGGGAAAGAAUGGCUGAAAACCAUGGAAAAAUGGCUGGAAAAUGUGGGAAAAAUGGGAAAAAUGGUGGGAAUAUCCCAAAAACCGGGAGAGCCGCGGCCAACCGCGCUGGCGUUGCCGUUGCAGGAUGAUCCCGGCGCCCAGCGCGUCGUUCUCGCUGUCGGACCUGGCCCCGGGCCGGGCGUACGAGCUGUGCGUGCUGGCCGUGUUCUCGGACGCGCGGAGCUCGCUGCCGGCCACGCGCCCGCUGGGCUGCUCGCGCUUCUCCACGCGGCCGCCGGCGCGGCCGUGCCGCUCGCUGCAGGCGCACUUCCUGGGCGGCACCAUGAUCAUCGUCAUCGGCGGCAUCAUCGUGGCCUCGGUGCUGGUGUUCAUCUUCAUCCUCCUGAUGAAGUACAAGAUCCACAACCACCGGCCCAAGGGCAAGGCCCACGUCUGCUCGCAGACCAACGGCUCCCACGGCGCCCACGGCGGCCGCCCCGCCGCCAAGCCGGAAGCUUCCGGAGCCGCCGGCAAGGCCGGCCCCGGCGACUGGGACGGCGACAAGGGGGAAGGGGCCGAGCUGGGGUCCUGA